CGCCUGUAGCUGAGCUCCUUACUCUCACUAGCGAUAGAAAAAUCGUGAGGUGUUAACCAUGUCUACGUCAACCCCGGGCUCGGUCAGUCGCCCUCAGACUUUGACGAGCAGUGUUCGUCUCGGCGCUGCUGUUGAACCGUCCGGUACAUCCGACACGGUCUCUUGUGCGGUCUGUAAAAAAACCGAUAAACUUCUAAGGUGCUCGCGCUGCAAGGCUACGGUUUACUGUACCAAAGAACAUCAGAGAAUCGACUGGAAACGGCACAAGGAAUUCUGCAACCAUAAAGGCGAGGGCGACAACGUUGACUCUAAGUUACAUUCAACGAAUAAUCUGAGACCAACCUCAGUCGAGUCCAGGGUAACCUCGGUUACAACAAAAACAACGCAUAACCUUAAAGAAAUUAAUCUGGUGAACAAUUCAAGUAACAGUUUGGGUGUUGAGGGACAAAAUCUAACCGGUCAUUAUUGUGGUAGAGAAGCUGAUAUUGUGCCUAAUUAUUUUACCUGUUGUUCGGAAUCUGAGAAUUCCAUUGCUUUGGCAACAGCGGUAACAACUCCUUUGCAGUUAGCCGAAAGAAAGGUGUCUAACGGUAUAGAAAGCUUAAAAGAAGAACCUUCUAGCUCUGGGGCAUCCCGUUCGAGCAGAGGUAACGGUUGGACAUCUCCGAUAACGCACGAAGGAAGUUCCGAGGAUACAAUACUGGGUGCCAGGGCAGAGCUGCUCAAUCCGGCGCUAGAAAACUCGAGAAUCUUAAGCAGCACCGGUCAGGUUCUGACUUCAGACAUGCCUACACAGAGGCACAAUGGAAUCAGAAAUUUUCCAGAAGUUAGUUUAGGAAGAGACCAUGAAUUCCUUCCUCCGUCAAUGCAAAAAAAUAAUGCACAGGAGUGUUUUAUCGAUACGAUAUGUAGAACCGUUAUACACGAUAUGGACAUGUAUGGUGUCUGCGUUGUGAAGCAUUUUUUGGGCCCUGAGAAGGCUUCUAUGGUACUGGAAGAAGUCCUUAAUAUACACAAUGCAGGCCUAUUUAGGGAUGGACAACUUGUAUCGAACAAGGGAGGAGCUGGUGAUUUGAAAACUAUCAGAGGAGAUCAGAUUACUUGGCUAGACGGAAAGGAAAGUCAGUGCCAAAACAUUGGUAUGUUGAUAUCCCAAGUUGACGCCGUUAUCAUGAGGGCCAACAGGAUGAUUGGAAAUGGAAAAAUGGGAAACUACACAAUUAAUGGGAGAACAAAGGCAAUGGUUGCAUGCUACCCAGGACACGGUUCUCACUACGUUAAGCAUGUGGAUAAUCCAAAUCGAGACGGACGUUGCAUAACAGCCAUCUAUUACCUCAACAAGGACUGGAACGUUGCGCAACAUGGCGGCCUUCUAAGAAUAUUUCCAGAAGGACAAGAUAAGGUUGCAAAUAUCCUACCCUAUUUUGACAGAAUUCUUUUCUUCUGGUCGGAUAGAAGAAACCCACACGAAGUACAGCCCGCUUACAGAACCAGAUACGCCAUUACCCUCUGGUACUUUGAUGCCGAAGAACGAAAUGAGGCUUGCCGGAGGUAUAGAAGAGAAAAAGAAAUUCACUCCCAUUCUACCAAAACGUGAGAUAAAAAGAUAUAGCGUGUGAAUUGCACAUCUAUUUCAACGCUGUAAAGUCUCAUUUUUUAUUUGAAGAGCUAAUAAAAAAACCGAUACAUCGAACGAGCUCCAACUUUGAAAUGGUGACUCUUCUGUAAUAGGAAGAAUGAUGGGUAGACUACUGCAAAUGUAAUUACCAGGUUCAGUUCCUGUUCACUUCUCUAGAAACGACUAAGAGGCGUUUGACCAUAUUUAUUGUUCCCCGUGUUACAACGCUCUUGAAGGUAUUAAGCUCUGUAAAAAAGUUCAAAAUAUGUCGAUGUCGAUGCGUGUAUGUAUAAUGUAUAUUAAUGUUCUGGAGUAUCACUAGACGUUGAUACAUGUGAGUUACUAUGUAUUACUAUGUAAUAAGAUAUGUGUGGCCGAUUAAAAAUCCCAUCCAAAGAGUUGAUCGGUGAAAAAUGAUCAAUUCGAGUCAUACGAUAAACUUACAUAAAAUAUAUGUAUACGUAUUAUAUCUAUUAGCAUAAUUACCCUUUACUAAUUUAAAAAAUAAUAAAUGAAUAAAAAAAUUCAGAUGAUUAAAAAUCAGUGCAA